AAGGCACCGGGGUAAAUGCAACAGUCUCUCGCAGUACUGAAAACAACACAGACCACAAUGUUCAAGCUGGUGGUGUUGUCUUGCGUGGUGGCGCUGGCGGCGGCCAACCCUAGUGUGCUCGGUCCUUGGGGCUUGGGGCUGGCGGGUCCCCUGGCGGCGCCGGCGGCGCUGGCUCCUCUCGGCCUGGGCCACGGUCUGGGUCUGGGCCCCGGUUUGGGUCUGGGCCAUGGGGCUAUCUGGGGCGCGCCUGCGCUCGCGGCCUACAACUACAGAGGCCCGCUGUCCCUCGCGCCCGGUCAGCCCGCCAACAUCGUGGCUGCUGACGGAAGGCCCCUGGAUACUCUGAGCGUGAACUUGGACCGUGCUGCGCACCUCACUGCGAGGGCUGUUGACCACGCCGGCCUGCACCUGCUGAAGAAGCGCUCCGCCGUCCUGCCGGUGGGCGCUCCCCUGGCCGUGUCCCACGCUGCCCGCAUCGACCUGCCGGCCGCGCGCCUCGUGGGCGCCGGACACGGGCUCGGCUGGCCCGCUGUUGGCGCGCUCGGUGUGCACGGCGUUGCGGCUCCCUGGGGCGUAGCCGCUCCCUGGGGCGUAGGUCCUCUGGGACACGCUGGCGCUUUGGGACACCUCUGGUGAAAAUUGUACAAAUUAGAAUAUUGAUUGAUCUACUUAAUAUAUAAAGAGAGUUACCUAUAUAUA